AUGGGUGGUUUCCGUUGCUCGACUUGUCCCAAGGUCUUCAGCCGACAAGAGCAUCUCAAACGCCAUGAACAGGGCCACAAAGCGCCUCAAUUUCAGUGCUCUCAGUGCUCCAAAGCUUUCCAUCGAAAGGAUGCUCUCGCCAAACACGAACAUACCCAUCGAUCUACUGUCCCUUCGCUCCUGCAGCGAGGAGCCAGGGCUUGUUCUUCUUGCGCUGCUAUCAAAUCUCGCUGCUCCGGAGGAACACCCUGCACGAGAUGUGCGACAAAGGGAGCAGUCUGUCGAUACCCUGUGGGUAGAAACAAUGCAAGCGCCACACAAAUGGCAGGUAACAAUCUCGGGCAAGAAUCACAUCAGCGCAGCCCGUUUGCAUUAGAGCUUGCCCACUCUGAAAUGGGUAGGGUCACAGAGGGGGCGCUGGUCUAUCAGGGGCCGGCGCCUCCUUCAGAGCAAAUCUCAGACAACACCACCAUCGGCCUUGGAGGGCUCGAAUCCACGACGCCAGAUGUUCAGAUCACGCAACAAGAGUCGACAUAUUUCGCACAGAGCGACCUCGAUCAUACUACAACCAUGCCCACUUUUGACUGGAACUCCAAUAUCACAUCUACCAUCAAUUGGCUUCAGCCCGAUAGCUUCAAUAUCGAUGACGAGGACCUUGGAACCCUCUUUCCCGUGUUCCCCGAGAACUACUAUUUCUCGCCGAGUGUUGACUUUGUCAGCCCGACUCAGCAUCCUGACGUUGAUCUCUCCGGGGCCACACUCGAUUCGAGCGUCAGUAUCUACCAGGAGACACCACGGCCGGCGCGGGCAAUUCUUGAUGCGCAACCAAUUGCCUCACCAGACUCUGUGCCUCCUCCGACAGGAUGCGGGGAGUACUACGUCGAUGGAGAUGCCGGCAGAUUGCCCAGGUCGAAACGCCGCCGAGUUGUUGCAAAGGUCAGGAGUCUGAACGACUUCGACGAUCCUUCCUUCUCGCUGAAGUGCACUCCACUAUCCGCUGUCAGUACUCCGCCCCGACGUGAUCUGCCAGAGGAGGUGUAUAGCAAUCUAGAAUUUCUCUACCAUCAGCUUUGUUUGGACACGGCCAUCUUCAAGAAGUACGCGCCGUCGGCAUUUCCUCCUCGAAGUGCUUUAACCAAUCUUCUCUCGCUAUACUUCGUACACUUCGACCGAACGGUGCCAUUUAUCCAUCUGGCGACCUUCAAGCUGGAGAAAGAACACUGUGGCCUGGUAUUAGCCAUGAUGGCUCUGGGCAGCUGCUACGCAGAUUUUGACCAAUCUGGCCAUUUCGCUCUAUCCAUGCAUGAGUUUGUGCGCCGAUUCGUCCUUCUCAUUCAGGAGCAGAGGCACUGGCGUCCGGAAAAUACUACAACUCUCGCGCAAAUCCACCUGUUGCAUGCCAUCGGAGCAAGAUACACCGUGUAUGACCCUCUGCGUACCUCGUCGUCACUGUCACUGCAGAUCGCAGCCGAGUUCUGCCGCACGACGUGGCGCCCAGAAGAAUGCAGCCACACAGUGUCUUCGUCUGACUGGGAGACAUGGAUUGAGAAAGAGAAAAAGACCCGUCUCGGCUACUGCAUUUGGCUCUUGGACUCCAUGUGGACAUUUCAAUUUCAACAGCCACCGCACCUCCAUCUCGAUGAUGCCACGAAUCAUCAACUGCCUUGCUCAGAUCGACUGUGGGCGUGCGGUGACGCGACUGAGUUUGAUCAGCUGAGAGCGGCUUAUGGCUCGUCAGAUCCGCCGACACUGGGCCAGGCGCUUCAAAAUCUCUACAUCGACAAACGGCUGCUCCCGAACUUGGGCGAGUUCAGCCGGAUCUUGCUUAUCCACGGAAUCUUCCAUCGGACAUGGGAGGUCGAGACGACAGUGACGCAGAGUUUCUCGCGGCUCGAGCCGUCAGCGUUGAAACAAGCAACAAGUCAUGGAACAACGCACACUGAGCGUGUGUGGCCUCCUGCAGAACCUCUGUUCAACAAGUGGAGAAACUCUGCCUGUGACUGUCUGGACAUACUGCACUGGAGCGCCAACGCCGCGAUAGGAGCGGCGAGCGGGAUGGAGCACCCGACAGUGCUACACCUGCACCUGGCGCGGGUCGUGCUGCUGGCGCCGCUGAAUGACAUUCUGUUGUUUUCCCACUACCUGAUCCGGUCGAGCAGGGAGUCAAACCGCCUGUUCCCUCGCGUGUCCGCGGCCGAGGCCGAGGCGCACAGGCGACGCAUUCAACGCUGGGCGGUCCAGGAUCAGUACAAGGCGCGACUGGCCGCGAUCCACGCCGGAACGGUCUUUUGGCACGUGCGGCUCUACUCGAUCGACGCCUUCUACGAGCCCACCGCCGUCGCUCUGGCGGCGUUGAUGUUCUGGGCCCUGAGCGCCUUUUCGAUCAAGAAAUCCAAAACCAGACCAACCAGUCGUGGUGCGCCCGGCGGUGGGAGACUGUCUCCAAACAACCACAACCACAACAACAACAACAACAACAACAACAACAACAACAACAACAACAACAACAACAACAACAACAACGACAAUGAUGAUGACCAUGACGGCAGUAGUUCGCCGUCGCCGGACAUCUGCGAUAUUAUUCUUAUUGAUCGCCCGACGGACGACGAGCUCGUGCAGCAAUUCGUCCGACAGGGUGACUCGAUGCGCGCCAACAUGACUGGUGUCGGGGACGUCUUUGGGCCCCGAGGUCCCAGGAAGGUUUUGGCCGAGGGACAGAAAUUGCUCCUCAGUCUCGGCAGCUGGAGAGGCAUUUCCGAUUACUGGGUCAAGGUGUUGAAUAGGCUGGAAAAGGUCACGGCAAUGGCUGGCGUCGAUACUCAUGCUGCCGUUGAAGCGUCCUCGGCUUCAGAUCCUUUGUCCAUGUUGAGAUGA